UAACUUAAAUCCGCAAAUUAAAAUGCCUUCCACUUCAAAGCGCAAUCAAGAACAGAUCAGUAGCUCAAGUGAUGAUGGUGUCAGUGAUCAAGAGAAUCAGGCCCCAAAUGAAUCACCUAAUGAUGAAGAAAGUAGAAGGGAAGUUGAGUCAAGCCAAGAAGGAGACGUGAACUCCAAGCUGAGUAAACUCUCCAUCAGUGAGAAGAAGAACGAAGAAGAGAAGUCUACUGGUCAUCAACCCAAGAAGAAUCAGAACAAAGAUGAAGAUGGGGAUGACAGUGAAGAGGUCAUAGAUACAGGCUCAACACCUAAGAGAAAUAACAGGAACAAGAAGAGAGGCAAUGCUAAGAAAUUGCAACCUGAGUAUAUGAACUCAGAGAAGGAGAGGUAUCUCUCUAGAUUGCAUAAUAUUGCUGACUUGAUCUCCUCCUCUUCAAGCUCUGAAGACGACUCAGAUGGAGACUUUAGUCUUAAUGAAAUAGACCCUGAGUCUGACUCAGCCUCUGGGUCUUCUAGAGCUAGUUUCAAGAACUCUUCACAGUAUACAGAAAGUAGUGCUCCUUCUUAUGAUGAUGGAGAGUCUAGCAUUGGGGUCAACAGCAGUGGCAAAAAGUCCAUUAUCUCAGCAGUAUCGAGUUACAACAGCAAGAGGAAGAUAUAAUUUUCUAAACUCAGCAUUUCAUUUAAGCCAAAUAAGUAUUCAAUAAAUUGACUUG